AUGGAUGCUGACAGCCGAUACUAUUUUCGGUAUUUCUAUUCAACUCGGAUUGUUUUUCAUGUUUGUACGUCAGCGGCGUUUAUUCGUAUCAAGCCAAUCGUUUCAAUGAAUGACAUAUGCGUUUUAUUUUUCUUCCUUUCUUUCUUUCUUUCUUUUACUUUUUCUUUUCACUAUUUUAUUUUUUUUACUUUUCUUCGUUUUUUUAAUUUCCUCUUUUCCUUCUUUUUCUUUAUUUUUCUUUCUUUUUUAUUAUUUUCUUUCUUUUAUCAUCAUCUUUUUGUUUUGUUUAUCGUUUUAUUUUUGCUUCCAUUUUUCUCCUUCUUCUUUAUUUGUGUUCUUCUUUAUUUUGUCAUUGACUUUCUUUUCCUUUCCUUUUCAUUGAUUCUUAGUUUGUUCGUUUGGCUUUUCUUUUUUUUUCCCCCUUUUUUUUUCUACCUUCCUUUUCGUCAUUUUAUAUUUCUUUCUCUCAUUCCUUUUUCUUUCUUUUUUGUUCUUCUACCCUAA